AUGAAGUUUGAGCAUCAAACCGGAAGUUGGUCGAUGAAAUGGAUCAAAUUUUUCCUAUUCAUGAUCAACGUGAUGUUUGUAUUUACCGCAGUGCUAGUAAUUUCAACUGGAGCAGCUAUUCAGUCAGUGUACAGCGAUUUCACAAGCUUUAUCGAUGAGCAAUUUUAUUCACCCACGUUUAUGUUUAUUUCUGUGGGCAUGAUAACGCUGGUAAUUGCCGCAUUUGGUUUUAUUGGAACGAUACGAGAAAGCUCGCUUUUGAUCAAUAUAUAUUGCGGGAUUUUGUCAGUCGUUGUGUUGCUUGAAGUGACCGCAACUCUUGUUGGCAUUUAUCAUCGCCAGGAAAUUGAUCAAAUUCUGAUGAAGACCAUGAAUACUUCUAUGCAAAAUUAUCCUUGGAACAAUAACAUGCAAGAUUCAGUUGAUUAUAUGCAGAUUCAGUUGGAAUGCUGUGGAGUAAAAGGCUAUGGAGAUUGGAAAGACGUUUUUGCCGUAGACCUGGUAAACGAUGAAUUGCGGACAGAACUUCCUGCUUCUUGUUGCUAUAGUUAUCAGAAUGGCAUCUGCGUACCUUUUCAAGUAGGAUGUCACGAGAGGAUGUAUUCAUUUCUCAAACACUGUUCUCAAACGAUAAUCAACGGUUUGCUAUUAGUUGCUUUCGUGCAGAUAUCCGCCGCGAUGUUCGCCUUCAUCCUUGGAAAGCAUAUACGACUAAUGAAAACUAAGUCGUCUCUGGAUGAACUCAGAAACCAAAACAUGAUUCACACCUUUGACUAUAAACUUCUUAGCGAGAGUUCCAGUCAAAUACCUAAGAUUUAG